AUGCGCGGCGUCAAGAAAUCGCGCAAUGGAUGCGCCACCUGCAAAAGCAAACGGUUAAAAUGCGACGAGUCCAAACCAUCCUGCGGCCGCUGUGUACGUCUCGGAAUGAUAUGCCCGGGAUAUUCACAGUCUCUGCGAUGGGUUACCAAACAUGAAGUGCUCGAGAAUACCGGCCUAUCGAGAGCUAGUCCUACACACGCAGAGACAACGAUGCAGGACGUGUCGAAUACACCAGACGCGAAUGAGCCAGACCAGGCUUCCGCUGUUGAUAAUGUAUUACUGCUUAAUGACGUUGACACGCCUUUGGAUAUUGACCAGUGGGAUCGCCAAAUGAAUUCCAUACUGCCUGGGCUGGAUCAAUUAGACACAUGUAGCCCGUCGGCAGGGGGUCUGCUGGAGUUUUCCGCUGGCCCUAUCAUGGAAGGCUCAUCUCGGCUCUCUGGCAUUGAUCCGAGUUCACCGAGAACACCAGUCUUUACCGACUUGUUGCCAGAGACUUUGCUCCAUGAAGAGACGGCUCUGCACAAAUCUCUCAUUCCAGUACAGUCUUUACCUAUAAUACUACCUUCAUUGCGCAGGUCGCUAGAAGACCCGUCAUCGACUCUGGUCGAAUACUACUUUAAAGAAGUUGCCGGGCUGUUCUCGAGCUAUGAUAGCCACAUGAAUCCUUUCCGGACUACCGUGUCUCGCCUAUGGACAUCCUCUUCCGCGCUGUAUCGGACGUUGCAGAGCAUGGCAGCGGCCACUUUGGUGGAUGAUUUCCCCCAAUUCGGUGCAGUCGGACAUAAAAUGCGCUUAGAAGCCAUUUCGAUGCUGGAGAAACAAACAAGCCUCGACGACAAAUCUCUGCUAGCGAUUUUGAUGCUUGGUCAAACCGCCAGCUGGCACAACGCCAAUGACCUUGGUGUCUCCUUUUUCAACCUUCUUCGCAGCCAUCUCAAUACUAUUUCUGCCGAGGGCGGCGGUGGGAAUGCGUUAUUGACUAACCGCAACAACUAUCAGUUUUUCGAAGAAGCUCUCGUCUACUGGGAGAUGCUGCUCUCAUAUGUAGCUGACCACGGCAUAUUGACGCCAUCAACAAAUCUCGAGUUACAUUCGGAGGUAGACAACAUUUUGACACAGCGAGUGCCGCAUCCGUGGACAGGAAUUGCUCGUGAUACCCAGUUUGCCGUCCACGAGGUCGGCCGCCUCGUCCGGCGAGAGCGCAAUCGGAUGCGCUCCAAACGAUUUACGUCGCGCGGAGAUAUUACACAGGCUGAGCGGGCAAUUGAGGAGGCACAAGGACUAGAACAGAGACUUUUGGGUCUCUCGCACCCGACCGAGUUAGAGGUGGUCAACCCGGGCGAUGACGAUACACCAGUCUGGCACCUGCUCGCCAUGGCCGAAGUGUACCGGUACACAGGCCUUCUUCAGCUUUAUCGAGUGUUUCCAGAUCUCCUCCAGGCGAGGAUAUUCUCGGAGGAGAUUGUAGCAGGGUCACCGAAUAGGAGAAACUCUACAAACCAGUCGACAAAUACGACUUUUCUAGGCUACUCUGACGAACUUUUCGGUAAUAUGCAGUUCGACACUGAAACCAGCAAUGUGUCACCCGCUGAGCAAGACGAGUGGCUCACUCGAUUCGCGCUGGCCGCCAUGUCGAAAUUAAAGACAAUCCCCUUUGAGUCACGAACAAGAUGUCUACAGCCAUUCCUACUCGUGGCCUCGUCCAGUGAACUCCGACUGCCGCCGGUGGCUAGCACGGAGACGUCAGACGACGACUACACUCUAAACCUGUCUACGCAUGCGAUUGACGUCUCGCGCACUCGGAAAUUCAUCCUUGGGCGGCUGAGCUCUUUUCUGCAUGUGCUGCCGCCGAAGCCGAUUCACAUUUGUUUCGGGUUGGUCAAGGAGGUCUGGAGGCGCAUGGAUGCGGGCGAGGCGGAUGUUUUUUGGAUGGACGUGAUGAUUGAGAGGGGGUGGGAGACGACGAUGGGAUGA